ACAACCGUUCUCUAGGCCUGCCACCAAUAUUUCGGCCCGAUGGGAUAACGCCCCAGAAAGUGAAACCCUUUGCAUCACGCACUAAUCUAUUCCUCUCAUCUCCGUCCAUAAAUCUACCAGCAGCGAAGCCUGACAUAGGCACUUGUUUGUUGGAUUACGGCCUAAAUACCCAGGAUCGCCAAAGAAGAUGAAGUUUGGCUCUGUCUGGUUUCUUCUGACUUCAAAACCCCAAAUAGCGACAAAAACCAUAUUGCCCAAAGAAAUGUGCCACCUGGGGUACAACAUUGAUACAUCUAGUCGGUACCGAAAACGCCUUGUGCACUUGGGGUGUUCAUCAUAAAUACUGAUACCGGAAAGAAACAGACAUGCUGCCCAUCGUUGCCUUGUUUGCCGUCCUGAUCAUUCUGGGAAUCAGACUCUUAAGAUGGAGACAGAAGACCUUUUCUUACUUCAAAGACAUCGGAAUUCCUGGGCCCAAACCAAACCUGCUUUGGGGAAACCUGAAGGAAUACCAUGAAAAGGAGUUAGUCCAGGCUGUGAAAAAAUGGUGCAAGCAAUAUGGUGACAUAUUUGGCUUCUACAAUGGAGAUGUUCCAAUGCUCGUGGUGCGUGACCUUGAAUUUUUGAAGUACGUCUUUGUCAAAAACUUCUCCAACUUCACUGACCGUGGCGUAACCAUGAGAACCGACGAGAUGCACCCAGUUGUUGGCCGAGGUUUGAUCCACGUGAAGGGCUCCGAGUGGAAGAACAUGCGUUCCUGCGUCACAUCGGCUUUCACCUCGCUCAAGCUCAAGCAGAUGAUGGAUCACAUCGCUGAGGGUGGCGACGUCUUCAUGGGCGUCCUCGGCGAGAUAGCCGACCAGGGCAAAGAGAUCAACAUGCUGAAGCCGUUCCAGGGUCUCACGAUGGACUACAUCGGUCGCGCAGCUUUCGGAAUCGACACAAGUUUUCAGAAGGACCUGAACAAUCCAUUUCUCAUCGCGGCGCAGCGCACACUGAGGGAAGUCAUGAUCGGUCCCUUUCACAUGCUGGCCCACUGUACAACCUCAUUUGGCCCUCUAGCUGCUCCAAUCCUUUGGUUGAGCCGGAUAUUUGGAAACUUCUCGUUUAAGACUUUUGGCGAACAGACGGCGAAGGUGAUUGAGAUCCGUAAAAAACAUCCAGAGCUACGAAGAAACGACUUGCUCCAGAAUCUCAUCGAUGCGGAGUAUGAGGAUCUUGCACCUGCGCAGACAUCCUCGGGUGAAGCAACAAACGGCAGUAUUAAAGUUGCUCGGAAAACCAGGGCAUUAUCUUCGGAAGAAGUAAUCAUGAACUCGACUGUCUUAUUCGUUGGAGGCUUCGACACAAGUGCAACCGCCCUCUCUUUCAUUACGUACGCUCUCGGCAAGUACCCAGACGUCCAGGAGAAGGUUAGGCAGGAAGUGAACGAGGUGCUCAACGAGGGUGGGUCGCUGGACUAUGAGGCUGUUACAAGAAAACUAAAGUACGUCAUACAGGUUAUCAAUGAGGCCAUGCGGAUAUGGCCACCCGGUCUCACGUUUACCACAAGGCAGGCGAGGGAAGAUUUUGAGUACCAGGGCAUCAAAUACAAGGCCGGGACUUGCAUCAUGUCUCCAGUGGCCGUGAUCCACAUGGACGAGAGGUUUUUUCCGGAUCCCACAAAGUUUGACCCUGACAGGUUCAGCGAGGAGAACGAAGGCAGUAUCCCGAAGUUGGCUUUCCAGCCUUUUGGAAUGGGUCCUCGAAACUGCCUGGGACUCAGGCUUGCUUAUCUCGAUCUUGCCUACACUGUUGCCAGGAUGGCGCAGAAUUUCCGCUGGGAACUCGGAGAAUCACAGAAGGGAGAAAUGCCUCUUGGACAGUACGGCAUGGUGGCGACUCCGGGAAGAGGACCUUGGAUUGUCUUCCACAGAUUAUGAACUCUAGAGCAAGCCCAACAAUAUACAACUUUCUCCGUUGCGUCCAUACGCCAGAAUUAGCUUUUUGGUUGAAGCUACACGCUACGU